GUUCUACGACCAUGGCUCCCUCAACAAGGUCCUUAUGGAUUUCAGCGAUAUCAACGUUAACUCUGGCAUCUAUUGCUGGUGCUCAUAGUAAUGGCAUGGACAUGUCGAUGGAUGGGGCAAUGUCGUUAGAGUCUGGACAGAUGCUGCCAUAUCUACACUUCACUACGGGCGAUAUUCUAUGGUUCCUUGGAUGGGUUCCGAAGAGCACUGGCGCUAUGGUCGGCGCAUGUAUCGGGUUGUUCUUGCUUGCCAUCUUCGAGCGAUGGCUUGCCGCAUGCCGAGCGCUGGGUGAAGCUCACUGGCGGAUGCGCGCCCAGAUCGCGCUGUCCGACAAGUUCAACUCCUCCGACAUUGCAACAUCCAAGCGCCCGGACCUCAAGGAGAAGAACUCGUCUUACACCGCUCCGGACCUCGACUACAAGCGCCCUGCGUCGCUGCGGCAGUCGAUGGCUGUCCGGAUGUCGACACCGUUCAUCCCCUCCCACGAUAUACCACGAGGCAUCAUCCAAGCCGCUCAGACGGGGCUUGGUUUUGCCUUCAUGCUCGUAGUCAUGACCUACCAAGUCGGAUUCAUCCUCUCCAUCGUCAUUGGCGAAGGCGUCGGCGAGACUCUUUUCGGCCGGUACGCCAGCAGCGCAGUCGUGCACUAUGCUUGAUAGAAUAUCCCUUGUCGCGUUUCACGCUUGUAUGAUUGUAUUAUGAAAUGUAGCCGACGAUGAUCACGCC